AUGGGAAAAAUUGAGCAUAUAGGAAUCCAAGAAUUUGAGAACAUAGAGAUGGUGCAAUAUAUCACUAGUAUCAAUGAUGUUACAUUGAUCAGACAAAACAAGCUUGGGGUUGAUAACCGAGGUGAAAAGGGGGCAACAGAGAUGGGACCCACAGAAAAAGAGAUGGAGUGGGAGAAAUUACAACUGGACAAUGUGAACCACAUUAUAUAUGCACCGCCAAUAAGAAGAUCACUAGACCGGAACCUAGAAAAAGGAUUAGCAUACAUGGAGGACCAGAUGCUAAUAUUUGGUGUCAUAUGA